AUGCAUCCCGCGCUCUCUUCUUCUAUCUCCGGCUCCGUAAUCAAUUCGCUUUCAGUGGCCGAUCCAAUUGCAUCUUCCUCGUCCGCUAUCUCUGCUGCCUCUUCUACUUCCUCAUCGACAGUCACUUCUCCGAGUGCCUCUCUUCUACUGGUCCGCUCAGCAUGUGGGGCUUCCAGCGCGUCCCUUGUAGCUGGUGUCAGCGGAUUGCGGCACUUAACUGCAUCGCCUGCCGUGACAGUCUCUGCUACGUCAGGAGCAACAUGUCCAGGUAGUGUGCUAAGCAGCGCCGCAAAUAGCCUUAUAGGUGUAGUUGCUUCCUCCGUUCUUGGCACAACAAAUAUCGGCUGUAGUGGAGAUAGUAGUGUUGCCGGCCCAAUGUUGACAUCUAUAGACACGGAUCGAGCAGCUGGUGACAGCAAUGGCAUUGGUGGUAGCCUCGGUGCUGGUGGCCUUGUUGUGGACGUCUCAAGCGGAGCGCUUCUGCUUCAGCCUAUUGCAAUAUCAAUGGCUGGUACAGUUACUGCAACAAAUGCAACCUCUGAUGGAGGCAUAGAGGCCCAACAUACUAGAGCACUUCUUCUUUCGAGUUCUGGAAGCGGAACAUUAAGUCUUGUUUCUGAGGCAUCAAGCGGCAAUGGACAGUCUCUUCCUGUCAGCCUACAUAUAAGCGAUGUGACUAGCACCGCCGUCAACCAGAUGCCUCAUGAUUCUUUGCUGACGGAUCAUCAUCUUUCAGCAUGUGGAAUUACCAAGUCGACAAUGUCACCGACGAAAGGAAGUCAUCUGUGUAGUACUGAUGUCUAUGAACUUGAAUCGUCAAAUAUUUCUAUUUUCGGUUCUUCAUCAUCAUUGAAACGCUUUGACUCCAUCGAUAGAACUAUUUAUUCUGGCCACAGCGUUUCUGACGCGUCAGCAGGCAUAUCCUUUGUUAGUGGACACCCAGAUCAGCAGCAGCAGCUAGCAGGCAAUCUUCUAGGGUUAACUGGUUCUUUACUAGAUGAGCGUCGUACUCUAACUGUCAACGUCAGUGAGAACGAGCUAAUUUCCACUAACACGGCUACGACUUCCACAGGUGCAGAGCUAGAUCAAAACUCCCUGUUACUACCUAUUCCCGAUGACGGUGAGCCCGGCUAUGGCCAAUCCAGUCUUUUGACUGCUUGUGACCAAACACCUAUGUCCAUUGUUGCUUUAGAAGUCAGUGGCUCCUUGUCUUCGGCCAAAACUAGCCAAUGA